GUCCCUUUCCAACUUGGCCACUCUACUGACUUCCUGUGUCACUGAACCUCCACUCAGCGGAAUGGCUGCUUUCCUGCGAGCUCGUAAAUAUGUCCGUUGUGUUGUCCGUUUCUCCGACCGUGAACUGUAAACGCUACUGUUGACCGCUUGUGAAGAUAAAAAGGAGACUUACUAGCUGAGCUGUCAUGGCUGAAGAAAAUACAGAUAUGGCAAGUACUAUCGAGGAUGAAGAUGAAGGUUCAGAUGACCCAAACCUUCAGCUGGAGCUCCAUGCAUUCAGAGCCCAGUGGAUGUCAGAGCUCAAAUUGAGCUCUGGGGCAAGUGAUUUGAGUGGCCGACUGCUGCGAGCUAAAAGUCUGAAGAGGUCACAAGAUAUUGCGCGGGAGGAGAAAGCCACAGAGCUGUUCCUGAGAGCUGUUCAGGAAGAGCAGAAUGGAGCAGUCUAUGAGGCUAUCAAGUUCUAUCGAAUGGCUAUGCAGCUUGUGCCUGACAUUGAAUUUAAAAUCAACUACAGCCGUCCCCCUGAUGCCGACCGGGUCGGAGGGAACUACAUGGAGGACAAUGAGAUUGAUGGUGAGAUCGAGGAUCUACUUGCCUACUUCGAACAGCAGCUCACUCUGGAAAGCCUCUUUCCAAAGAUCUGCACUCCUGAGUUGGAUCUGACUCAGUUGCACAUUUCAGCCUUGCCGCGGGAAAUCCUGAUGUACAUUUUUCGUUGGGUUGUGUCGAGUGAUCUGGACAUGCGAGCCCUGGAGCAGCUCUCGUUGGUUUGUCGCGGGUUUUACAUUUGUGCAAGGGACCCUGAGAUUUGGCACUCAGCCUGUGUAAGAGUGUGGGGACGGAACUGCACCAAGCUUGUACCCUUCAAAUCCUGGAGGGAGAUGUUUCUAGAAAGGCCUCGCGUCCGUUUUGAUGGUGUUUAUAUCAGCAAGACAUCAUACAUUCGUCAGGGAGAGGAAUCGUUGGAUGGAUUUUACAGGGCUUGGCAUCACGUUGAGUACUACAGGUACCUCCGUUUCUUCCCUGACGGGCAAGUCGUCAUGCUGACGACCCCCGAGGACCCUCUGUCCGUUGUUCCUCGCUUGCGUAACAAGAACAUCAGAAUGGAAUCUGCUCUGCUCGGUCAUUUCCGUCUGUCACAGGAGACAGAUAAUCAAACCAAAGUUUUUGCUGUUGUCUGCAAGAGAAAGGAGGAGAAAGCGACCGAGUUUCAAAGGAAUCGGUUCUGCAGGCGGAACCCAGCUUCAGAGGCUGAACACAACUUCCACAUUGGACUGCAUCUGUCCUCUGGGGGGCGUCAGAGUUUCAGUAAGCUGGUGUGGAUCCAUCACUCCUGCCACAUCACUUACAAGCCGACUGGGGAAACGGUUAUCACAGCGUUUGACCUGGACAGCAUGUACACACCCUUCUUCUUUGCACGUGUGAAGAGUUACACAGCUUACUCCGAGCAGCCUCUUUAAGCUGCCUGAAGACCUGCACGUGUUCCCACAGAGACCACAGCAAAAGUUCAUCCACCAUGUUAAUAAAAUGCAUACUCCUCAGCUUGAUUUAUUCGUGAUGCAGCUCAGUUACGGUGUUAAUAUAUGAGCCCUCGUGUUUCCUACAUGCGAACACUUUAUGUUUCAGGUUUACAUAAUAGAAUACUACUUAUUUUCUGAUUUCAGAAACAAUGGUAAUGUGCUGAGAGCUAAAAUAAUUAGCAACCUUUCCCACCUGUUCCAAGCAAUGAAUGUUCAUACUGUGUUUGUUUCAUGGUGCACUUUCUCCUUCGAAUAAACAGUGGUGAACAGAA